UCCCCUACUCUUUUAUUCUCGAAUCUAUGGUGGGGGAUUACUUUUCUUCUUCUUUUCGUCUCCCUCCUUCUUUCGACUCUCACGCCCCUUCGCAGCUAAUAAAUAAAAUAUUAAACGAUAGUUAAUGCAAAGACGUUAUUCGAGAACGCGCACGAAAGCGAAUACAUUCGUUGUAUAAUCGCCACUAAUAUACUCGUUCACGCAUGACCGUAUUGGACAGUGAUUUUCAUUACUUUACUGUUCUGUUCUUUCCCGUCCUCGAUAUCUUCAUUAUAGUUUCCUCGUUUCGAAUAUAGUUUAGUGUUUUCGGGAAGUGUUUAGUGCCCGUCCGUGCGUUCUCGCCACUAGCACCCGUCUAAUGAACCUGCUUCUGUUCCUCCACCGAACGUGAGGGUUGCCGAUUGUAACGUUUCCCGGCUGAAUCGCAGCUUACCGUUGCCCGAUCGCCAAGACAUGGUCCAAUUACGAAGACAGAUUUGUGGAAGCUUCCUGAAUCAGCUUCAACCGAACAUCAGAUGGAGUUCGUCCCUACAGAUCAGGGAUAAGAAAGUGAUACAACCGGAACGUUCCUUCAGGUUUGCAGACCUAUCGGUCCGGCUUGCAGGACCGGAACGGUUACAGCCGAAGCCCGACGUAAAGAACCUAACGUUUGGAAAGUAUUUCACGGAUCAUAUGUUGAAGAUAUUUUAUCACGAAGCUUUAGGCGGAUGGCAAGCGCCAGAGAUCGUCCCGUUCGAGAAUCUAGUGCUUCACCCGGCUUCGAAAGUGCUUCAUUACGCUAUACAGCUGUUCGAAGGUCUCAAAGCGUUCAGAGGUGUGGAUGGAAAGAUAAGGAUGUUCAGACCAGAUAUGAACAUGAGCAGGAUGAACAGCUCCGCGAUGAGACUCGGACUACCCACUUUUAGCGGAGAGGAAUUGGUCAAAUGUUGCAACAGGCUGAUCGGUAUAGACCAAGAAUGGGUACCACAUUCCACUGCUUCUAGUCUCUAUCUUCGUCCAACGAUGAUAGGAAUAGAUCCCACUCUUGGCGUUGCGUCUUCAGAGUCCGCUUUACUGUAUGUUAUUUUAUCGCCCGUGGGUUCGUAUUUUAAAGCAAGCGAAGCAAAAGAUGGUGUGUCUUUACUAGCAGAUCCUCGAUACACGCGUGCGUGGCCGGGUGGUUGCGGUAACUAUAAAGUAGGUAGCAAUUACGGUCCUACUAUAUAUGUACAAAGAGAAGCCGUGGAAAGAGGUUUGCAACAGGUGCUCUGGCUCUACGGGGAGGAUGACGAGGUGACCGAGGCCGGGACCAUGAACAUUUUCAUGUUCUGUAUAAACGACGACGGCGAGAAGGAGCUGAUAACGCCGCCUCUAACGAGCAGCUUGAUUCUCCCCGGUGUGACGAGGGACUCGAUUUUGGGCUUGGCCAGGGAAUGGAAUCAAUUCAAAGUUACCGAAAGGAAGUUCUGUAUGAGCGAAGUUUGUCACUUGCUUUCGGAGAACAGGCUGUUGGAAUUGUUCGGCGCCGGUACCGCGUGCAUAGUGAGUCCCGUAUCUUACGUGGAAUAUGCUGGGCGAUCGUUACAUAUACCCACGAUGACACACUCGAAUCCCGUCUAUAAAAUGUUUCUGAAUCGUCUGACCGACAUACAAUACGGCGUUGUACCGGACCACCCCUGGAUGAUAACCAUCGAAUGAGAUUCGAACGAUCGAUUUGGAAUAUCAAUCGUUAUCCGUCACCACGGUUCAGCGACUACUAUAUCUGUUACAAUUGAUAUUAUCGAUCGUAGUUAUACAUAUUUAAGUAUGAGUCGAGGACUCAUAUACACGUCGUUGUAUCUUUACGAUCGUUAGAUAUUUUUAAGCGAGAGGUGUGAAUUUGUAUUUAUUUGAACGUAUGAUUGAUGAUCCACGAAGAAUGAUGAGUAAGUGUAUCUGAGAUAAAACUCAGGGAUUAGUCAUUUAUACUAUUGAUAGCAAAUUAAUUGUUAGAUAUCGACGGUAAGCUUUAAAAAAAAUGAACCCGACGGUUUAUACCCGUGAAUGCACGCUACGCCAGCGCACGCGACACGUAUAUUUGACUUGUAUACAUAUAUUGGACGACGUACUACUCAUGCGUUGGUCUAGGCACGAAAUGUAUUUACAUACAGAUUUUGAAAAAUAAAGUUAAGAGUAAUUUAUUUA